AUGCUGGCAGCAGCUUCUGACUGUUGGCUUUUGCCUUUGCUUGUAUUAUUGGCAGGGCACGGAUGUGAUGGACAGGAGGCGCAACAGCCACGGCCCGUUACAACAUCUGUUGCGGUGGACGGCACAUCAGUGAACGAGUGGCGCGGCUACUACAAAAAGGAGCAUUCGCUGGUCAAGCCGUAUCAAGGUCACUUAGUUAUAUUUUCGUUUAAUUAUUGA